UCCCUGUCUGAACAACUGGUGUUACAACAACACCCAAAAAGUAAACGUUAACCAUUCCCUGAUACCAUAUUUUUUAUCAUCAUCGGUAUCACGCUAAUCUUAAGCAAACUAAAUGUUUUGGUUCAUUUAACUUGAGUUCGAGCGAGUUCAGCAAAGAUUAGUAUUUGUUAAAUUAAUGGUGACCGUCGGUCACUGGUAUAAGACAGAAAUUUAAUAACCAGUUCCAGCGUGUCUUUAAAAACACUUUUGUUCAUUUAACUCGUACUUGUGUAGCAAAAAAAGGUUCUCCAGCCAGACAUAGCAGAUCUUCAUCAGUUCUUGCCAGGAAAAAUAAUCCCUCCACGAACUAUCUGUUUCUGCUGCCUUUCUUGCCUGUUUUUAAUAGUCUUUCAUUAAAAGCAACUCGUUCAACCCUUCCGUCUUCACACAGACCAUCAUCAUCCAUUCAUCGUAUUUUACUAAUCCCAAGUCGUGUGUGUACUACACAUACAUAGGUUUCGGUUUUUGUAGUGUCCAUCACAAUGCUUGUAAAUACAUAAACUUUGCCAACUGUUCCAACUAGUCUCAAACCUCAACGCAGUACGUGUACUCUGACUGACUGAGAUCGGACCAUCUUCCAUCGUGGGUCAUCAGACGCACUUUCCUUGCAGGAGGUAGAAGUGCUUGCAACAAGAAAGAUACAUUCCUAUUGUAGAUUGUUGGAAUUUUAAGAUCACGCCACACCAAACCGUGUUGGUGGUCAAAUAGUGUUACCAGUUUGUUAUCCUUGUCUACUACAUACGUUCAAGGCUUUCAAGUCACUGGAGUGCGACAAACCUGACUCAGUUAUUUAGGAGAAAAAUAUAAAGAUAUUUAAAAAUGCAGAAAUUGCCAUCGUGUGUUUUGGCUCUGGGAUUUGCUAUUUUAAUCGGUGCUGCAGUGGUGGGAUGGAUUAUUGUUCCUAAAGUAAUUAACAAUAAGAUUGCAGAGCAAGUGAGACUAGUCAAUGGAUCUGAAACUUUCAAUAGGUGGAGGGAUGUUCCAGUCCCAAUCUUUGUCAAAUUUCAUCUCUUCAAUGUAACGAAUCCGAAGCAAGUACUCAUUGGGGAGAAGGCAAUUCUCCAGGAAGUUGGCCCUUUUACCUUCAGGCAGAAGAGGCAGAAAGUUGAUAUUAAAAUCCACAAGAGGAAUGAUACAAUUUCGUAUAGGCAAACAUUGACCUAUUUUUAUCAGCCUGAAUUAUCUACUGGGUCACUCCAGGAUGUCAUAACUGUGAUCAAUAUUCCAUUUCUGGGCAUGGUGCAUCGAGCUGCUAAACAAUCUGCGUUUUCACGAUCUAUGAUGCUAGAAUUCUUGGCGGAUGAGCAAGUAUUUGUACAAAAAACUAUUGAUGAAAUGUUAUUCAAAGGAUAUUAUGUGGACUUUAUGGAAGAUUUUGCCAAAUUUAUUGGCUACAAAUUAUUGCCCAAUGACACCUUCGGAUUAUACUAUGGCAAAAAUGGGUCGGAUCAAGGAGUAUUCGAAGUAUAUUCUGGAAUAAAAGACACAUCCAAAUUUGGGGUCAUAGCGAGUUGGAAUGGGUCACCGGAAAUGCCUUGGUGGGAACCGGAUAGCUGCAAGAAAAUCAGUGGAACGGAUGGGGCUAUAUUUCCUCCGUUUGUGACUACUGACCGCAAAUUGAACAUGUUUAGUUCAGACUUGUGUAGGUCUCUUCGUUUGAUUUAUGAGAAAGAGUCGGAAGUGGGUGGGGUCCCUAGCUACAAAUUUAUUGUUGAUCCGGAAGUAUUGGAAGACCCAGUUUUCAAUCGGGAUAACAUGUGUUAUUGCACGCAGCCAGGGUCACGAUUUGAAAAUUGCCCAAAACAGGGUGCAUAUCAAAUUAACGCAUGUCGAAAAGAAACCCCACUGUUGGUGUCCCUGCCACAUUUUUUGGACGGAUCGUCCGAGUAUCUCAAUAAAACCGAAGGCCUACAUCCAGAUAGAUCUCUUCAUGAAACAUUUAUCGAAUUGGAACCUACUUCCGGUUUGCUUUUGAAAGCAGCCAAGAGAAUUCAAGUGAACAUGGAACUUCGACCAUUUAAAUUUAUUAAACAAUUUAAGAAGGUUCCUUCAAUGUUAUUCCCUUUGGUUUGGGUCGAUGAGAGCGCAAUGAUGUCAGAAGAUGGGAGAGGUCGGCUUAAAGCAAAGCUAAUUGCCCCACAAACGUAUUCCAACUAUGGAGCGUGGGGUGGGGUUGCGUUGGGUCUGCUCAUCAUUGUCAUUGCGACAAUAAUUUAUCUUAUCAGAGCUAGAAAGAAAAAUUACCAUACAUAAUUUUAAUCUAUGUAAUACAUAACGAAAAUAAGUG